UGUGUUACUGAGAAUAUCGAAAAUAUGGAUUGAGUCAUAUGUUUAUUUCCUACAAAUAUUUUGAAAAAGAAACAUGUUAUAUUCAACCACUGAGCUUGUUCUGACAGAUAUGGAAUCAACACGAUUUACAACGAUUCAAGAAGUUAACAAUCAGGCGGUUACUGCUGAUGAUAGCGUUUCUACGAAGCAUUCCAAGUUAAUUUACAGGUUAAAUCAUCGGCUCUUUACACCCGAUUUUCAUUAUGAAACCGGUACUACUACUAGAUCCAUUACAUUUUUGUUUUUCCUUCCUGAUUUCCCCGGACAAAUCGAUACUACAUCUGGAUGUUUUAGUUACACUGAAAUAGAAUGGAGUAAGGUACACUGAAUUUGUUGUUUGAAAAAUGACUUCUGUAAAGACUAUGCCCAGUCCAUAUGGACAAGGAAAAUGGCGGACUUCAAGUGACAAUAUGUCGAACUACACUGGGAUUGUAGGUUCUAGGUACAAGCCUCCAUUUGUGCGUCUUGACAGUACUGGAGAAGUUAAAUCAAGUGGGUUUGUAUCACCUCAACAGCCUUCAUUUGAUUCCGAGAUGACAUGCUUCCAAAAAGCUAAUGCUUCAGUGUUAAACUUUCGGGACUUGAUUGUAGAAAAACUUGUUAAUACAAACAAUACAAAAAGAAAUUUAACAAUGUCGGACAGACAUGUGCUGAUUGAUACAGAUCCUUUUAGUAAUCCGGUACAAUAUAAUACAAUGCCACAAACGAGACCGUUUAUGCAGCAACCACCAUAUGGUGCUGAGAACAGGUGGCAUCCUAAGCAACCUUCCUUACCUUUCCAACAAACUCGCUUUACCAGCAAUUUCAGAGUUUUUCCUUGCCAUCGGUUUGAGUUUUAUAACAAUAUAAAAAAUACAAUGGAUAUACAUGCCAUAGGACCUUGUUUGCCACAAAACUUUAUGGGUUUUCAAAGUAAUCCACGUGAGCAAAACUUUAGAAAUAGGAACAAACAUUUGCCUCAUAGAAAAGUGAUAAAGAGGGAAAGUGUUCCUAAUCCCUCGAUCUCUUAUUCUGGGCAGCAUACUAGUGAUCAUGGGUGUGAUAAUGUAGAAUCACCUCUCAAGAGCCAAGAUGUGUGUAGAUCUAGUCAAAGAUGUACAAUAAAGAAAGAUGUACAGUGUGAGAAUAUUUGUGGAAAUGACCAGCCAUGUUUGGAUCCAGAAACUUAUAAUGUAAAUUAUGGAUCAAGACAAGUAUGUAGCAAUGAAAUUAUUUCCACGGGUGUUACAAUGAAGGACACAAUGGGUAAUGUGACUUCUUGCACAGCAGAUGAUGCAAGCAAUGUUCUGAAAGGUGAUUCAGACAACACUGCAGAUUCACUUAUUGAUGAUUUGACUAAUAUUGUUUUGAGUGAUGUAAAUAAUGUUGUAAAUAAAACAUGUUUAAAUAUGGAAAAAGCCAAGUCCCAAGAGGAAGCAAGUGUUAGUGAAACAAGUCAAAAUGCUUGUGAUGUACUUUUGCUUCGUAAAACGUGUAAGAAAGGCAGACCAUCUGCCAAGAAACAAAGGAAGAGAAAACGUCAGAAGGCAAAGCUAUCCGAUUCUUCUGUUGGAGCUGUUAACUUUUGUGAUAUAAAUAAUGAAAUUCUUCAGGGAUCAAGUACAGCUCAAAAUGAAAAGCCAUCAAAGUGCCAACGUAAUACUUGUCAGCAACAGUUUGGAUGCAGUGCUAUUGCUUUCAUCCUGGGCUUACAUUCCAAAGCAGCAGACGCACCCGUCGAUGUUGUGGACUUGUUUAGCGAGGAUGAUAGUGGUGAUGAUAGUGACUUCUGUGAUAUAAGUGAAUGUGAUAUUGCUGCUUCUAUUCCUCAGUGCAAUCUGACCAGUGUUCUUCCUCAGCACAAUAAACCAAUGCUUUUUUGUGUCAGCUCGUCCAUCCAACCAGAUGUCGAUGAUGACACUGCUAAACUUGAUGCAAUAAACUUUUCCUGGAAUAUCCAGAUCUCCAAGCACAUUGCUGAUGCAAGAGAAACAAAACGAUCUAAGAAGGUAAAUUUUAAUGAUGAUCAUCUUGUGACCAUUCACCAAGCUGAUAGGUGGAGCAGAAAAGGACCAUGGGAAGACUACGCCAGGGAUCGACAGCGCUUCCAGCGCCGUAUAACUGAGAGUGAAGAAAUCCUGUCUCGUGUCCUAACUCCACAUCAUAGAGCUUCAGUCUUCCAGAAGCACCACUCUACAUGAUCACCAACUAAAUACCAUUUAUGUAUCUCUUAUCAAUAUCUGUUGGUAGCAUUUCAACGAUUUUUCAUUUGUUAUGCACCUUAAAAUAAUUAUUAUCUAAAUUAAAAAUUGCACCCUAUACAUAGACAAAUGUUGUAAAACUCCACUGCAUGAUGUGUUCUUAGCAGUUGGCCAUGACGAUUGAAAAAUAAUGUCAAGCAAGUCAAAACCUUAGCUUGUGUCUACCUGGUGAAACAUAAUUUUUCAUUUCUAUUUUCUAAUUCCUUUUAUAUACUUGUAUGCAGUCAGGUCAGUGGGUGACGACCACUUUGCCAGACCAUCCAAGUAAAAGUAAUUGACGUAUGCAUUCCAGGGGUUCUAUAAUUUUUUUAACAUUCACUUGCCAUUGGGCCAGUGGAUUUGAAAAUUAACUGGCCAUGGUGAAAAAUUCACUUUGCCUAAUUUUAACUGUUGAUAACCCCCCCCCCCCCCCCCCAAAAAAAACCCCCCAAAACCCCCCAGUAUUUUAAAAUAAUUUACUUUUUAAUGUACCAGGUACAUUUUGCAUACUGACAUCAUAUUUGUCAAUUUGCACAACACGGCUCAUUAGGCACACUUUAUGGUUUGUUUAGGAAAAAACCCCACAUACAAAAAAGAAAGGAAACAAGAACCUUUGUUGACAAAGUGUACAUGUAUUACAGUUUAAGGCUUACACACACACACACACACACACACCGC